AUGUUGUAUUGCGAUGGAUCCAUUCACCGAUAUAUUGUGCUAGCACUACACGAAAAUCAAUGUCAAUAUUUUGGUUGUAUUUUUCAGGACGUGUGUAAAAGUUGUGGAGCCUUUGGGAGAGAUGAAGAAAGUAAAUUAAUCAGUUGUACUCAAUGUGGACAGUGUUAUCAUCCUUAUUGUGCUAAUGUUAAGGUUACUAAAGUAAUCCUACUAAAAGGAUGGCGAUGUCUAGAUUGUACAGUCUGUGAGGGAUGUGGUAAACCAGAUGAUGAAGGGAGAUUACUGCUGUGUGAUGACUGUGAUAUAAGUUAUCAUACAUAUUGUCUUAAACCACCAUUAGAACAUGUUCCUAAAGGCAACUGGAAAUGCAAAUGGUGUGUAAGUUGUUUAAAUUGUGGAGCUACUACACCAGGGUUUGGUUGUAACUGGAAGAAUAACUAUACGCAGUGUGGACCAUGUGCUAGUAAGGUCAUCUGUCCAGCUUGUAGACGGUCGUAUCAACAAGAAGAGUUAAUCUUACAGUGUGUUCAGUGUGAUAGGUAG